AAGUACCUGAAGCAAACGAUCGGGCUCUUCUCUCAGGACCCCGUGCGGAAGAUAAAUGUGUGUUGCAAUACCAAGACAAUCGGUAUCUGCGGCCUGCGGGUGAUCAUCCAUCUACUUUCUACGUUUAUCUCCUCGCGCGAGAUUGGCGCGGCUGCCACCCGACAAGUGCGCGCGGCGGCACAUCGCUAACCACCCGAGGCCUUGACUUCUGACGACGGGGAUUCGACGAAAGGACCUUGUCACUCUGUCGUUUGGCCACUGACAGGGGACACGAGAAAGCCCAGCGGCUAAUGGAAGCCCAAAGAGAGAUCGCUUAUCAGCUGUUCCAGUCCCCACAUCCCCCCUGAUCCGCCUACCCUUUUUAAAAUCGACCUGCCACCCAAGAUCCCCCCCAUCGCACGACCGGCCAUGGUCAUGGUUUCCCGGUUACUCCAGACUCCGAGAGCUCGCUACGGCCUGCUGGCGGUCUCGGCUCUCCUCCUCCUGGCCGUGGUGAGCCGUCUCUACCACAACACCUACACAGCUCCGAGCAUCGACAUCCAACGUCCCGACGCGCAACGCCCAGGGCCAACCGCCGGUCAUGAUGACCCCGAGGCCGUCCCCCACCCUAUCGACGGGUUGAUCCGAGACGCAGAGCAACAAUGGACGCGUUUGCUGGCCAAAGAGUCCUCCGUGCUGGCGGACGCCGCCGAACAGUACCGGCAGCGGCGCGGGCGCCAUCCGCCGCCAGGGUUUGACCGUUGGUUCUCCUUCGCCAAGGAGAAAAACGCCGUGCUCAUCGAGGAGCUCUUCGACCAGAUUUACGACGACCUGAGCCCGUAUUGGGCCUUGGACCCGCGGGAGAUGCGCCGCCAGGCGGCGGGAUGGGAACCGCGCAUCAUCCUGCGCAACCACACGCUGACCUCUUUGGGCCAAACGGGCGUCAACUGGCGGGAGGUCUGGAUGGAUAUGAUCGCCACCAUCCAGGACUUUCUGCCCGACAUGGACAUCCCGCUCAAUGGCAUGGAUGAACCGCGGCUAAUUGUUCCUUGGGAGACGUUGUCGAGCUAUCACGCCAAAGAUCGCGCCCACCAGACGCGGCUGGAACCCCGCGACACGGUCGACGAAUACAUGCACCUCCCCGACGUCGAUCCCAACCCUGUUCCCCCACCCUUCUUUCAGGGACCGGACAUGCCCUUCUGGGAGAUUAUGCGCGUGGCUUGCCCUCCCGAGAGCCCCGGACGGGCCAGCAAUAUUCCGCAUCUCGACUUCGCCAACCCCCCGCCGGAGUUCUUCAACUACCGCAACUUCUCCCACUCCGGGUACGUGGAGGACUUCGAACGGUCCAAGGACCCGUGCUGGAGGGCAGAAUUGCAAGCCCUUCACGGGAGCUUCAUCGCGCCCACGUCGACAUCGACCGCGCACGAGCUCUUCCCGAUGUUCGGCGGUUCCAAGCUGACCGUAAACAACGAGAUCUUGAUCCCGCCUGCUAUGUACUGGGUCGACGACCCGCGAUAUUCGGGCGGGUGGGAGAAUCAGGGCGGCGACUGGGCGGGGAAGAAAGACUCGGUCAUGUGGCGCGGGAUCGCGAGCGGCGGGCGCAACCGCGCCGACUCGUGGACGGGCUUCCAGCGCCACCGGCUGGUGUCAAUGCUCAACGGGACGCAGGUGGCCAUGACCAACGGGUCGUCCUCGCCGGGCCUCAACUUCCGUCAGCCCGACUACCAGUAUUACAACGUGUGGGCCGGACUAGAAGGGACCCUACCCGCCUUCCUAAACGAGCACUGCGACCUGGGAUUUCUGGACCUGUGCUGCGACCCGCACGACAAUGGGCCCUUCUGCCCGUACACCGACCCGUACUACCGUCUCGUGGAGGGGGUGGAUAUGAAGGACCAGUAUGUCAGCAAGUACCUCCCGGACGUGGACGGCAAUUCCUUCAGCGGCCGGUAUCGCGCCUUCCUGCUGUCGACCUCACUGCCGAUCAAGGCGACUGUGUACAAGGAGUGGCACGAUUCGCGGCUGAUGCCGUGGGUGCACUUCGUGCCCAUGGACUCGCUGUACAUGGACAUCUACGGGAUCCUGCAGUACUUCAUGGGACACCGGGGGCGCAACGGACACGACGGACAGGCUGCGAAGAUUGCCAUGAACGGCAAGGCUUGGGCCGAGAAGGUGCUGCGCCGCGAGGAUAUGCAGAUCUACAUGUAUCGCCUGCUCCUGGAGUAUGCGCGUCUGUGUGACGACCAGCGGGACCGCCUGGCGUUCGUGGGGGACAUAAACCACUAGACUGUCUUGUUUCCCUUUUUCUUUGCCUCUUGUCUUCUAAUUUGUCUAUAUAUAUUUGUUUUUGUAAGCAUCGAGCAAGCGUGUUGGUUUCUUUCGUCCCCCGUUUGAAUAUCAUGUAUAACUACUGAUUAUUCCCUUCCCCCCUUAAUGUAAU